AUGGCGGAGUUAUCCCAUCAGAACCAGGAGUUGACUAGGGAACUUAAUUUAAGGAGGCAGCAUCACAAAGGGAAUACUAAAGGACAAGCCCAGAGUCAAGAAGAUAGAAGGAAUGUUAAACUCGAAAGCCAGUCAAAGGUUACCACUUCACACAGGGUACCACACCUAGAAAGAGAAAUGGACCAAAUGAGAAAGGCUAUGGAUGAGAUGAGGGAGAAUAUGAGAAGGGCGAACCCUGUAGAAGAUCUAGUCUACAGAACUGACUCCCCUUUUACGGCCUCCAUCAACAGUCACCCCUUGCCACCGAAGUUCAAGAUGCCUUCUUUAGAUUCGUAUAAUGGGAUGCGUGACCCAUUUGAUCACAUUGCCACCUUCAAGACCACCAUGCACCUUCAAGGGGUUCCAGAUGAGAUAAUGUGUAGAGCCUUCCCCACCACCCUCAAAGGGCCCGCACGAGUGUGGUUUAGCAAGAUACCUCCGAAUAUAGUGAGUUCCUUCGAAGAGUUAAGCAUGUUAUUCGUUAAUAAUUUUAUCGGAAGACAAAGGCACAAGCGUUUUUCGUCUAGCUUGCUAACCAUAGAACAGGGAGAAAAUGAAAGUUUUCUGUCCUUCAUUAUGCAUUUAAAUAGGGAAGUCCUGACAGUGGAUGAAAUGGAUGACAAGCUACUACUGGCGGCCUUUCAUAAUGGGACUAAUUCUGACCUAUUCACCCAUAAACUUUAUGAGCAACAGCCCCAGACCAUGGCAGAACUCGUCUAUUCAGCCCAAAAUUUUAUGAACACGGAAGAUGCAAUCAUAGCCAAGAAGAGGAAGAGAGUUGAGAAAAUGGAAGCAAACCUCUCGCGCCAUUCUGAACAAGGUCCUCGUUCUAAGAAGGGACGAACGGAAGAUAAGAAACACUAA